AAUAUAAAACCUUGGGUUGAAUCAUAUAGUUAUCUCCGACUCCGACUGUGGAGGUGCACCACCCCUCUAGUAGGACGAGCUCCACGACCACCUGCCUGCCCACCCUGCAAUUUUUUCAGUAGCCACACAGAGUUCAUUUCAUUAUCAUAUAUAACUUUUUUUUUUUUUUUUACAAAUAUGACUUAUAGCCUUACAAAUCAGUAUCUGUUCUGCGAAACUCUCGGUAUAUGGUCACCCUCUAUGAAUACCAUCACAACAACUGUUCUGCACAUGUAUGUUACGGCUAGGGUUUAAGAAGGCAAGCACCAUGGCAGUGAAGGUAACAUUUUCGAGCACGCAGUUCCAGUAGUGUUCAGAAUCAGUCAAGGUGCCUUUGUAAAGCUCUCCAGAAUUUAAUUCUACGGUAACAACGUGCUCCACUGCCUCGUGUAAAAGCUUCACCGGCAUUCCCACACUCAUGAUCUCGACCCUGUCUCAGAACCCUAAUAAAUAAAAUCUUGGCACAUACGCCUCGGUUUAAUUUAUUUUAUAGUCGGAACUGACUCGCGUUCGGACCAUCUGGAUAUUCAGACACAUUAAUCUAAAUUUAGCAUCAGUUUAUUUCUGCUAAAAGGUUCACCAGGUCAUUGUAUUAUUCGUUACUUCCUUUACAUGCAACAGUAAUAAAUCAAGGCCACGAAAGAACAGAAGAGUACUAAAAAGUACUAGUGUAAUAUCAUCAUCACACUUUUUGAAGUCCAUUAACAAACACAAUCAGAAGAGAUGAUGUAGAAGGAGACACAGAUAUUCAAGGAAGAUGUACGGAACGUGGGCUAUUCUUAGCAAACCUGCAUUUGGGUCUUUAAUCUCAACUCAGCUAUAUCACUCAAAGGGCAGGAAUAAAUGGUCUGUUGCAUAUGAACUGCCGCGUGGACAAAUUUGUGGACCUAGAAAUUCACUUAAGUAUCGACAAUUUCUUCACUUGUCAGGAUCCUCAACAGCCAGGAGGCAGGUUGAACAGAGGUCUUCCCUCUCAGCUGUUCUAACUGAUGAAAACUCUGAUAUGAUGCAUAUUGAGGAAGACACCGAGACUGUUACUGUUUUGGACCUUGACCCGGGAUUGCAACCAUAUAAAGAUCACUUUGGAUACAGAAUGAAAAGAUAUUUAUCGCAGAAAAAGCUAAUUGAACAAUAUGAGGGAAGCCUUGAGGAUUUUGCACAAGGUUAUUUGAAAUUCGGGCUUAACAGAGAAAAAGGUGGCAUAGUAUACCGUGAAUGGGCUCCUGCUGCUCAAGAAGCACAAAUUAUUGGUGACUUCAAUGGAUGGGAUGGCUCUAAUCACAAUAUGGAAAAAGAUCAGUUUGGCGUUUGGUGUAUUACAAUUCCUGAUUUAGGUGGGAAGGCAGCCAUUCCGCAUAACUCAAAGGUUAAGUUUAGAUUCAAGCAUGGUGAUGGAGUUUGGGUUGACAGAAUCCCAGCUUGGAUUAAAUAUGCCACUGUGGAUGCAGCCAGGUUUGGUGCACCUUAUGACGGUGUGUACUGGGACCCGCCACGCUCAGAGAUGUAUAAGUUCAGAUAUCCACGUCCUCCAAAAUCUGCAGCACCAAGGAUUUAUGAGGCUCAUAUUGGGAUGAGUGGUUUAGAACCCCGUGUAAGUUCAUACAGAGAGUUUGCAGAUAAUAUUUUGCCUCGUAUUAAGGCAAGCAAUUAUAACACAGUCCAGUUGAUGGCUGUGAUGGAACAUUCAUACUAUGGUUCUUUUGGAUAUCAUGUCACAAACUUUUUUGCUGUGAGCAGUAGAUCGGGAACCCCUGAGGACCUUAAGUAUUUAAUAGAUAAAGCACACAGCUUAGGUUUACGGGUACUGAUGGAUAUUGUUCACAGCCAUGUAAGCAACAAUGUUACUGAUGGCCUUAAUGGCUUCGAUGUUGGACAAAGUUCACAGGAUUCGUACUUUCACACUGGACACCGUGGUUACCACCAGUUGUGGGAUAGUAGACUUUUCAACUAUGCCAACUGGGAGGUACUCCGUUUCCUACUAUCUAAUUUGAGAUGGUGGCUGGAGGAGUACAAAUUUGAUGGGUUUCGAUUUGAUGGAGUGACAUCAAUGCUGUACCAUCACCAUGGAAUUAACAUGGAAUUCACAGGGGAUUAUAAUGAGUAUUUUAGCGACUCAACAGACGUCGAUGCAGUGGUUUACCUGAUGCUGGCUAACAAUCUGAUACACAGUCUUCUACUUGAUGCAACUGUGGUCGCGGAAGAUGUUUCUGGUGUACCAGGACUAGGCCGACCUGUAACUGAGGGAGGCAUUGGUUUUGAUUAUCGUCUGGCGAUGGCUAUACCUGACAGAUGGAUUGAUUACUUGAAAAAUAAGAAAGAUGAAGAGUGGUCUAUGGAGGAGAUAUCCUGGAGUUUGACUAAUAGGAGAUUCAAUGAGAAGUGUAUAGCUUAUGCUGAAAGUCAUGAUCAGGCUAUAGUGGGAGACAAGACUAUUGCAUUUUUACUUAUGGACCAGGAAAUGUAUUCAGGCAUGUCUGCAUUAGUAGCCGCUUCACCAACAAUUGAUCGGGGCAUUGCACUUCAUAAGAUGAUUCACUUCAUCACGAUGGCUUUAGGAGGGGAGGGGUACCUUAAUUUCAUGGGAAAUGAGUUUGGCCAUCCAGAGUGGAUAGACUUCCCUAGAGAAGGCAAUAAUUGGAGUUAUGAUAAAUGCAGACGGCAGUGGAAUCUGGUCGAUGAAGAUCACAUGAGAUAUCAGUUCAUGUAUGCAUUUGAUAGAGCUAUGAAUAUGCUUGAUGAAAAAUUCGCAUUCAUUGCAUCGCGUAAACAAAUGGUGAGCUGUGCAAAUAAUGUGGAUAAGGUUAUUGUGUUUGAACGGGGAGAUCUAAUAUUUGUUUUCAACUUCCACCCUGAUUGUACUUAUGACGGGUACAAAGUUGGGUGUGACAUGCCGGGGAUAUAUAGAGUUGCGCUGGAUAGUGAUGCUUUGGAGUUUGGUGGGCAUGGAAGAGUGUCCCAUAACGUGGACCAUUUCACAUCUCCGGAAGGAAUACCUGGAGUCCCUGAAACAAAUUUCAAUAACCGGCCCAACUCAUUCCAAGUACUCUCCCCAGCUCGCACGUGUGUGGUCUAUUACAGAGUUGAAGAAAGCUUGGAUGAAAGCAUCGAAGAAAGCAAUAGCGCUUUGUCCGUGGGUGUGGGUGUCGCCGAGAGAGAUGACACAAAUGCGUUGGACGAGUUUGAGGAACUUGAAGAAGCAAAUGUCGUCGAAGAUGAAGAUCUUGGUCCAACUUUGUUGAAAGGCUUGUAAGAAGAAGCUAGUCUUAAAGGCAUGUGAGAUUACUGAUCAUCCCAUGCAAUAAAGAAUGAUUUGGUGAAAGAAUAUCAGAUCACAUAAUACAUAUGCUACAACUGAUAGAUGA